GCAGCUCGUGGACACGACCAGAGCACUCAGAGAUAUCAGAUAUUGAUGUAAUUGCAGUGAAUAAGGGAACCUUUUUCCCGAGCACAGACAUUGGAGCCUGGUUAUCAGCAUGAACUCAUAUGUGUUAGACAAACACGUCAAUAGUUCAUAUCCAUCCUUCACUUCAGGAAGCAUCAGAAUGAUACCGCAAACUCCAAUAGUCUUAGACACCAAUGACAAUUCACAAACAUUGAGGAUAUCACAGCAGAUGUUUAAAGGAGAUGGUGAUUUGGCAGGGACUUGGCAGCAAUCAUUAUGUACAGAGAGUAAUUUAGUCAUCAAACAAGAGGACAACAUUUAUGACUUAUCUAGUGAAAUUAUUAUCCCUGAGGAUAAACCACACACAUUUACUGAGUUUUCAAAACAUAUUAAAGAAGGGAAAAGUCUACAGUCUAGCAAAAUGAUUCAUACAAAGGAGAAACCUUUCAAAUGUACAGAAUGUGAGAAAAGCUUUAGAUGGAAGUCUUCUCUACUAGAACAUUACAAAAUUCACACAGGUGAGAAACCACACACAUGUACUGAGUGCGGCAAAUGUUUUACAAGAAUGGAAAAUCUGAAAAGUCAUAAAAAGAUUCACACAGGAGAAAAUUAUUUCACAUGUACAGAGUGUGGAAAAAGUUUUACAAAAAUGAGUAAUCUGAAAAGUCAUGAAAGGAGUCACACAGGAGAAAAAUCGUUCACAUGUACAGAGUGUGGAAAAUGUUUUACACAAAACAGUGAUCUGAAAAAGCAUGAAAGGAUUCACACAGGAGAAAAGCCUUUCACAUGUACAGAGUGUGGAAAAUGUUUUACACAAAACAGUGAACUGAAAAAUCAUGAAAGGAUUCACACAGGAGAAAAGCCUUUCACAUGUUCAGAGUGUGGGAAAGGUUUUACACAAAAGAGUCAUCUGAAAACUCAUGAAAGGAUUCACACAGGAGAAAAGCCUUUCGAGUGUAUAGAGUGUGGAAAAGGUUUUACAGCAAAGGGUAGUCUGAAAACUCAUGAAAUGAUUCACACAGGAGAAAAGCCUUUCACAUGUACAGAGUGUGGAAAAUGUUUUACAGAAAAGGGUAGUCUGAAAAAGCAUGAAAGUAUUCACACAGGAGAAAAGCCUUUCACAUGUACAGAGUGUGGAAAAUGUUUUACACAAAACAGUGAUCUGAAAAAGCAUGAAAGGAUUCACACAGGAGAAAAGCCUUUCACAUGUACAGAGUGUGGAAAAAGUUUUACACAAAUAAAUAGUCUGAAAUGUCAUGGAAGGAUUCACACAGCAGAAAAGCCUUUCACAUGUACAGAGUGUGGAAAAAGUUUUACACAAAAGAGUAAUCUGAAAACUCAUGAAAGGAUUCACAAG